UUCUUCUCAAACAUUCACCUCUUUUGAUUCAAUGAUAUUUUCCCCCUUUCUUUGUGAUUUUAUUCUGAUGUUUUUCAGACUCUCUGAUUGCAAAAAGAGAAACAAUUUCUCAGCCACAGUUAUUGGAACUUUCUGAGAACCAACUGUUGGUGCUAAGGGUUCAUGGCAUUAACUGGCUGCUGCAUCAACCAGGUUCGAUGAAGGAACUACACAAUGUGUUGCAGAUUUUAGAAUUCGAUAUGCCUUCAUGGAAUCGAUGCCUGAUAGAAAUUGUGUAUGAGUUUGGAGAAGCUUGGCGGAAGACAAAGCCCUACAAGUUGUUUUCCUAUGAGUGGCUUCAAUGGUCGCGCCUUCUGCAAUAGGUGGGGACAUUUGUUUUGCGUCGAAAAUAACAACAACCAUCAUUUGUUGGUGACUCAACAAUUUUCCUAGUCGAGGUGCAGUAUGACUUUGGAAGUAUGUUGUUGUUGUUGUUACUGUAGUUCAGAAAUGUCCAGAGGUUUUUGGACUUGGAGGAGGCAAUGCUCUUGAUAUGGAAGUUUGGAACAUGGUUUUUCAUCCUGCUAUUCCGGACAUCUUGUAAGGUUAUUUCUUAUGACUUGAAACCCCAUACCGCAGAAAUUGUAUAUGAUUUUGGAGAAGUUCGGCGGAAGACAAAACACUACUUCCUAAAAGUGGCCUCAAUAGCCUCGUCUUUUGUAGCAGCGAGAUCAUAAACUUGGGAGGCGUUAUUUUGGGCCCUAUCAGGAUUGAAAACGCAUUGGCCCCGCUCAUUAUUGCUUGGAACUUCCCGAGUCUCCAAAAAUCUAUUCUAUUUUCCAUAUUUCUAUGUUAUUGGCACUUUGGAUCAACAUGUGACACCUAUGAAUCUGAGUGUUCUUACUACAGAGGAUCUUGUUGAGUCCAACCUCGAGGACAAGGAAGAGUAAUGUUGUGAAUGAGAAUACUGUUGAUUGGGAUGCCACUCAAGAUGAGCAUAUGGGACUGCCAUAUAUGACUUCUAGAAAGGUUAUUCCUCCUAAAAUACUUGGGUAUAACGGUUGGAAAGGGGGAAGUUCACGUGAAGAAGGGUAAAGUUGGCAAAACGGUAGGCACAAGCAUCACGAGUGGAGCAUUGCGCAACAGGCUAUUUGAUUGUUCACGUGGGGAUUGCAUUGGAAAGGGGGAAGUUCACGUGGACACUCUUUCUAUCUCAAUUUCUUUUAAGCUUCUCACCUUCUCCUUUUAUCAUUACCUAUUUUACUGAUGCAUUUUACCUUGUAAUUUCUGAUUCCAGAGACUUUAAUACAUCUACAAAAAAGUUAUUAUGCCCUUCAACCCAUUUUAGUUAGAAAUCAAGAUAUAAUCUAUCAUUUACUUCCAUAGUUGUUUUUACUCAUUAAUGUGAAGAAGAAUUGAUUAAUGUUGUGAAAAUAGAAUAGUUUUCACAUUGAAGAGGAGGGGAUUUCACUUUUUCAUUUCUAAUUAAGAUGAAAUUUGAAUGGAAUCUUCAAUAUUACCAUCUAAUAUUUCUUUCCCAAAAUCAAUCGCUUCUCUUCAAUUAGCCUAAAGCCAAGAGAUUCCUUUCUUCCUCCUAAGCGAGCAAGACCCAGCUGCCACACUUUGGAGAGAGGUAGAGGUAGGUGAUCUACUCCUUCCGUUGAGUCCGAGGCUGAUUACAACUCUGGUAAAGGGGAAAAUUUGAAUCCAUAGAUGCCUAAGUGAUCAGGUUUGCAGGUAUUAUUAGAAUGAAUUUUCAACACAAAUUGUUUGUUUCUGAGGAAAUCGUAAUCAAUAUAUUGAAUCGCUUGCCUCUAAAAUCGCUAGCGAAGUUUGAAUGCGUAUCAAAGAACUGGCAAAAAGUUAUAGCUGAAAUUUACCGUAAUCGUCUAUGGUGGCCUAAACCCUAUCAAAUUGGUUUUUUUUGUGUAGAGCGACGUUCCCAAAGUCGUUUUUUCUUCUCAUCGAAGGAAUCACCACUUUUAGUCGGUGCUAUUUUGGAUAAAUCAAUCAAUUUCAUCGGGGAGAGAGUGUAUAUUAUUUCUUCAUCCAAUGGUUUUCUCCUCUGCAAUAAGCUUAGAAGCAGGCAGAGGGUUUAUUAUGUUUAUAACCCUGCCACAAGGCAGCGUUUGGAUCUCCCUAAAACUCAAAUAUGUAUGAAAGAUCCAUAUGUUGGAUUUACUUGUAAGGUAGAUGAGGAUAACUCUGUCUCAUUUACUAUAGUUCGUUAUGAAACACCUCCGAGUACUUGGCAUGAGCUCCAGUAUUAUUUAAUAAUUGAAAGUUUCUCUUCAGAGACUAAUGUGUGGACUGCUAAUAAACAAAUUCUGGAUGUACCUUUGCAAUUGUACCCUUCCAGGGAUAAGAUCUCCUCAUCCUCGUCUGGUGUAGUCAAUGGAGUAUUCUUUUGGCUUGAUAAUAAUGAAGAACGAAUUACUGUUUUUGAUAGUGUAGAAAAGAGUUUUUGGGCUUACGUAUUACCUGAAUGGAGGACACCGAACUAUUCCAAUAGUUGUUGUCUUGGUUUUACAGGCGGGGAACUCUGUUUUGCUUAUAAUCGUUUGAACAUCAUCACUUGUUGGCGACUCAGCAAUUUUCGUAGUCGAGAUAAUACAGUAUGGGUUUGCAAGUAUGUUGUAGAUGUUACCUAUGUAUUUCAGAAAUGUUCAGAGGAUUUUGGACUUGGAGGAGGCAGUAAUCUUGGUAUGGAGGUUCAGAACAUGGUUUUUCAUCCUGCUCUUCCGUACAUCUUGUAUUUGCAAAUAAGAGGAAAAGUUAUUGCUUGUGAUGUGUCCACGCGUACGGUAGAACUUGUAUAUGAUUUUGGAGAAGCUUGGCGAAAGACCCAAGAAUACAAAUUGUUUUCCUAUGAGUGGCCUCAAUGGCCGCGGCUUUUGUAGACUGUCAACAGGUUCAGAGCCCAAUACUAGCGGUAAGUGAUCCUAGUUUUGAGUUGUGAAUAUAUCGAAGUUCCUGGAUGUAAUUGCUUGGUUUCUCACAGCUCCUGGACGUCUCUAUCUUGUUUAUUUCCUGUCAUUAUCUUUCGGACUGUUGUAUUAAUUUCGAAUUCUCUUACUCAUGUCACUGGAUUUUUCGGGUUGUAACUGUAUUAUUUUGAAUUUCUGUGUUGAUUUAUGGAAGUAUGACUUUUAAGACUUUACUUA